AUGACCCAGAACGUGGACCGGAUCCUGGCCCGAGGAGAGAGGCUGGAUGACCUGAUGGGCAAGUCAGAGGACCUGCAGGCUGGGGUCAGUCCUACAACACUGGUCUUCCCAUCUUGUGUGCUCCUCUACUGUUUUUUUUAUUUCAUAGUUAAUCCAAAUUAGGUAUCCAUAUGGACUUGAAGAGUUUGUGACCCACUGUUUGGGUUUGUGUACCAUACUUAUCUUCAGUUUAAAUCUAAUUAUAUCAAAUCAAACUUGCAUUUAAAAUUCUCAACACACUUACAGUAAAACAAUAAAAUGUAGUAGACACACACACAGUUUGCAAAGCAUCGGUUACUGCAAAACGAUGCAAGUGGUAGGAUUUUUGUUAACAUGUUCCUAAUAGCAUCCCAUCUUCCCUCAGGCUCAGAACUUCAAGCACACGUCCCAGAAGGUGGCUCGUUCCUACUGGUGGAAGAACAUGAAGCUGUGGGUGGUGAUCGUGGUCAUCGUCCUCGUCGUAAUCCUCAUCAUCGUACUGCUUGCCACUGGAGUCAUCCCUACCAGCUCGCCUGCUCCCCCUCUUCCAACACCCACAAAAGGACUAUAA